AUGGGCCAUCAUAUGGCCAACAAGAAGCAAGAGGAUCCCAUGCGUCUCAUCGACGACUCUUACAAUAAGCUUUUGUUGCUGAACAAAAAGAAAAACUUCCAAAUCGUGGGUUCAUCGACAGUUUGCAUCCUCUCCUUCGAGCAGGAAACGGGAAUCCUGACGACGGCGAAUCUCGGCGACUCGGGCUACCUAAUUGUCCGCAACGGCGAAAUCAUAGACAGGAGUGAAAAACAGACGCACAAGUUUAACAUUCCAAAGCAACUGGCUUAUGCGCCGCCAAGUCUGCGAUUUAUCGCUGAUAUGCCGUCUGAUGCACACGAAAAGAAAUUCGUCACGCACCCGGGAGAUCUAAUCGUCACAGCUACCGAUGGUCUGUUCGACAACGUCCCCGACGAAGUGCUACUCCAGGAACUCUCGUAUCUUCCCCACGCCGAUCAAAUCCACACUCAAGACCUGGAGCGCACGGCAAAGUGCCUAGCCUCGCGCGCGCACAAGAACGCGCUCAACAAAUCGUACGUUUCUCCCUUCGCGCUCGCCGCCAAAAGCGCCGGCUUCCACUACACCGGCGGCAAAAUGGACGACAAAUUCUGGAUCGCUCGAACGCAUGGCUCGCGGGAAAUAAGCGAAGUGAAGGAAGUGUUCUUCAUCAGCAACAUUCUGCAAUUCGAAAUGAUCCACUUCAUCGGCCAGCUGCAGUACUACAUUCACUUCGAAAUCAGCGAGACAUCUUGGGCAGUCUUCGCCGAAAAGGUCGAGAAAGCAAAUGACCUGAACGAAGUGAUCAUCGCGCACAAUGCCUUCCUCAACGAGCUGGAACAGGGCUAA